AUGGAGCUUCAGCUACCGCCCAAUCUAGCAACUGACACAACACAACAGCCGGCCGGAAAGGCCGCAGAAGUCCAAGUCUCCUCUGCUGACAUACUUCUGGAGGCUCAUCAGCUAAAACUGACUCCAUUCAAAGCAUCCAAGCAGAACAUUCAAGAUAUCGAGGAGCUACAUCUGUUCCAACAAGCGAAACGCAGAGAGUAUGAGCAGCAUUUGAACAAAAAUCGUCUAAAUUAUGGCCAAUGGAUACGGUAUGCCAAAUGGGAGGUAGAUCAUAAUCAUGACUUCAAGAGAGCCAGGUCUAUUAUGGAGAGAGCCCUUCAAGUCAAUGUCCAACAUAUUCCUUUCUGGGUUCGUUAUGUGGAGAUGGAACUUCUUCAUCGAAAUGUCAAUCAUGCAAGAAAUCUUCUAGAUCGUGCUGUGACUACCCUACCUUAUACAGAUAAGCUUUGGUAUAUGUACGUUCAAACUGAGGAAGCUCUCGGCAAUUACAGCUCAGUUCGAUCUCUUUUCGAAAGAUGGGUCUCCUGGAAGCCUGCAAGGUCUGUUUGGCAAUCAUAUAUUGGGUUCGAGAGGAGGUACGACGAGUACGAGAAUGCCAGAGCAUUAUUCCCUAGGUAUUUGGCCGAAUACCGCGAGGGAGAAGCCUGGUUAGAGUGGGCCGAAUUUGAGCGUCUUCAGGUUCCAUUGAACGAGCAUCUGGCGGCACGCAUACGUGGAGUUUUCGAAUCCGCUCUAGAUAGCAUGGCUGAAGAUGGAUCAAUUUACACCGAUGAAAGCGUCGAUCAGCUUGUUCUGCGCUGGGCAGCCUGGGAGGCCUCUCAGGGUGAGGUUGAGAGAGGGAAGCAAAUUAUCUCGAUGGUUUCCGAGUUCCUUCCUCUGACAGAAGGUGAACAAAGAAUGUCGAAGCUACUCUUCGAGUUUCAAUCCAAAUUUAGUGAUAGGUCACUGGCUGACAGAUCGGCGACCUUGAAGCGGAAAGCCCAACGUGAGCUGGAGCUCUUCAGAAAUCCCAAAGACUACUCUGCGUGGUGGGAUUAUAUCAAACUAGAGGGGAAUCUGUCCGUGGAGACAUUGAGAGGUUUGUUCGAGAGAAGUAUAUCUACACACCCCGAAGAACACUAUAAGCUGCUUCAAUGGAGGCGCUAUGUGUUUCUUUGGAUCAAAUUCGCGUUGUGGGAAGAGUUCAGCAAUUCUGACAACGAGAGAGCUCGUAAAUGCUGGGAUCGUGUCAUUGCAAUCAUACCACAUAAAUCAUUUACGUUUUCCAAAAUAUGGAUUAUGGCUGCGCAAUUCGAAAUCCGAAACAAUGAAGAGAGCGGUUUGGCAGUUGCUAGGAAACUUUUGGGUAAAGCAAUUGGCUUGACUAGCAAUACUACGUUAAAGAACAAGAUAUUCAAGUUCUACAUUGAAUUGGAGAUUAAGCUUAACGAAUGGCAAAGGGUUCGCUCGCUUUACUCAAAGUGGAUAGAGGUAGCUCUUAUGAUUGAUUCUGAGAACCCCGAAAGUCACAGCGCCCUAAAAGUGUUGAAGGACUUUGUCCAAAAGGAACUCGAAUUUGCAGAACUAGACAGAUGCAUUGCUUUAUAUGAAAUGGCAUUGAAUACUCACACGCAGAGUACCGAAAAACUUGCACAGUUUACCCCUUACGACGAGCUUUUAACAUCCUACAUUGAUCUUCUCAAAGAUGAGUUUCUAUAUGACCGUGCAAGAGAUGUUUUCAGGCGACAAAUAAGUGAAAAGUCCUCACCACUGCUUUGGAUUGAGUUCGCUAAUUUUGAGCUGAGUAUUCUUUCACCUGCGCAGCUCGAAAGUCUCGAGAAUUCAGACACAGUCGAAUUCGGGCUCGAAGAUCACCAAAAGAGCCAGACUCGCAAAAUCUUUACUGAGGCAGCUAACCACUUCAAGGGCCUUAACGAAGGCGCAAACUGCAGCACGGUUCUUGAGGCUUGGAAACGCUACGAGGAGGCGCAUGGCGAUCCAGAAUCCGUCGAAACAGUUCAGAAACGAUUCCCCACUGCAGUCACCAAACGGAGACCGACUGAACACGGCGAAGAAGCUUACGUGGAGUGGGUCUUCCCUCAAGAGGCUCCAAACAUCAAUAAGUUCCUAGCCAAUGCUAAAAAAUGGGCAUCGAAAGCUGACUCUGACGGAUCCUAG